AUGGGGAAGAAGGUGACUUCAAGCAAUGCAGUAGAAGGCGGGAAGAAGAAGUCAGAGAAGAAGAAGGAGAUCCAGCUGCCAGCUCCUAAAUAUGCCUUCCUGGGAAUCCAGCUGCAUUUUCAGCUAUUCCGCAAGUUCUUCGAAGUCAAGCCCCAGCCCAAGAUAGAGCAUAGAAAAGUAGUCGGCAGGGCUGGAAUCCAAACGAGGGAGAAGGUAAAGGGUUUAUACUUGGAUUACGAGUUGAUUGACUCACUCUUCAGGUGGAAGGAAAGGUCGUGCUACAUCGGCAACCACGAGGCCAAGCUUUCCAAGGUGACAGGCCACCGCCCGAUUUGGAACAACAGGAAGAUGUACACUUGUUCUGCUCCGCUCCUCCUCCUCCCAGAUCAAAUGGCUUUGAUGCCGCUCUGCGCGUACACAUGGCUGCAAUCGUCGUCUGCGUCCCCCGCCGCGGCGGCGAAGAAGAAGCAGGGCCCCAAGGCGAAGAAGGGCGAGGCGAGCCCGAGGAUUUACUCUGUGGUGGAGGUGGAUCCGGCCCUCGAGGACCCCAAGCUCCUGGAGGCCAUCAGGGAGAAGAACAAGGAUGCCUUGGCACAUGCCCUUGAUCCCAAUCGUGGACCCUUAAAAACCAACAAGGCCAAUACAGCUGAAACAGCUUGGUACUUCACCAGCGGUCCUCAUCAUGUGACUGGUAAUCUUGACCUACUGACUGAUCUCACUCCAGUGAUUGAUCGUUGGACACAAUGCACACUAGGAGUAGGGCCACCAUGGCAGGUCCUGGCCCGUGGAUCAGUGAACAUCAAUGGGAUCAUUCUCCAUGAUGUUUGGUUUGUUCCAGACUGUGGUGUGAACCUGGUAUCCGGUUGCCAACUUGGUUUGAUGUGGGUAGAUUCUGAUGGCACGUUUUCCAUCAUACGUCAUGAUGCAGUGGUGGGUAAAGGUCAUCAUAUGGGGGCUGCUGGAUUGCUAGAGUUAGAUUUCAUCAAUCUCAAAAGUGGAGCUGUUUGGUACAUUGCUUCAAAUGUGAGCCAGCACAUGACAGGCAAUCUGCAUCUCCUCACUGACUUCAACCCCACCUGACCAAGCCAUACCGUACAGACACACAUAGGUGUGAGGCUGCAGGUGUGCGGCAAAGGAUCAGUGAAGACUGGACAAUUCAGCAUUCCCAACGUAUCCUAUGUCCCAGGCUUAGGUGAGAACAUCAUCUCGGUUAGCCAGCUUACUGACACUGGUUACACCAUUGCAUUUGGCGCUGAUGGAUUCACCGUUAAGAACAAGAAGAAUGGAAAAGAAGUUGGCUCUGGCUCUUAUGGCAGGACGAAGCUGUUUCACCUAGAUUCUCUCAUGAUCAGCAUUAGCAAGUGACUGCAUCUUGCAGUGGAACCUCCCGAUUCGAUCUUCGGCAAGUCUAAAAGAGAUGACACUUGAUGUUUUCUUGCUGCUGCAGUUAGGGGGUGUAUCUCAGAUAGACCACUUCAGUUAUGCAAGACGAUCUGAUCAAUUGUGUGGUGAGGUGGCGUUGCAAAUUUUCUCUCAAGCAGCUGUUGGAUUACUAUAGAUGCAUUUAAAGCUGAAUAUGCAUCACCUUGUUAAUAAAUCUAAGAGAAAUGCUUCUGGCACGUGCACGACUCAUAAUUUCGUGGUGUGCAUUGCCGUUGAUGCAAAAUCAAAA